AUGGACCCAGAUGUUAGUGUGAUGUUUACAGUCCCUGGUCUGUCCCUGAUACGACGUUCUGACACAAUUGCAUGUUUAUCUUCAGAAUUUAAUAGAAAACAACUUGACAUAUUUGAUGUCCAGAUAGAAUCUAUUUGGGAGAAAAGAAGACGUGAAAACCCAAAAUUAUUCAACGGAACAAAAUUCCGUUUGCACUCGGUCUCAGAAGAUUCUCAUCAUAAUAGCCCAGACGGUAGAAUUACCUUUAACUUAGGUGUAACAUGUUAUAGAGAUUUUAUUAGUACUAACUGGGCCCCAAAUGCAAAGGAAAUAUUACAACGAGGCAAACAAGAUCAUAAUAACUCUCAGGCAUUCAUGUCUGAUGCGAUGGGAGUAGGUGCCUUGGUACAAACUAUUGACAAUCAUGUUAUAUUCCUAAAAAGAAGUAUCCAUUGUGGAGAAGCGAAAGGCCUUUGGGACAUUCCAGGAGGACAUGCUGAACCACAGGAGUUGGUUGGAAAACUUCCAGUUGAAAACAUUGACGUGACAAAACUGGAUCCUGUCAAGGUGAUAGAAGAAAUGUUUGAUUCUAUAAAAAGAGAGGUAAUAGAUGAAGUUAACAUUCCCCAUGCCUGCUUGUCUGAGCCAGAACUAUGUGGAAUUGCCAGGAAUACAACAGCUGCUGGCAGACCUAGCGUGGAAUUUGUUAUCAGAUGCUCUCUGAAUGCUGAAGAGGUCAAGGCCAAAUAUCGCCAAGGUAACCAGUCUGAAGCAGAUGAAUCCACCAAUAUAUGCUUACUACCCUUUGAUGAGGUGAUAGAGAUGAAAUCAGGAGAUGAUUUCUGGCAAAAUAUGGCUCCUUCUGCUAAAGGCUGUAUUGUACUUUACCGUCUAUACUACAGAAAAAUCAUGGACUCCAGACAUUCUGAUCAAGAGUGA